AUCUUGACAAUAUAUCUCUUUUCUUUUCCUCCCUUUUUUCCUUCCUAUCUGGGUCAUUUUCUUUGCCUCUUCUUUCCCCCUUUUUCUAGACAACAAAAAGAUCCUAACUUUGUGUUUUUCUUUAAACAAACAACCAUGGUUGAUACUUUUGCUGAUCUCUUCCAACAAAAUGAUGAAUUUGUCGACCAUACAUUGAAUCCUCAUUUUGAGGGAGAUGACCUCUUUAGCAUCUUCGAGAGUUUGGAGAACGUUGCUGAGUUCACUAUGAUCGAAGAUGAUACUGAGCCUGUUAAAGAUGGGGAAGAAACUACUAGCUUGGUCUUCUCUGAGACAGAGCUUGAGACUUCGCCAAAAACCAAGCGGUUGAAGACGAUAGCGGCGACGUCUCCUACUGCUGCAAUGACGUCGACCGGUCUUUCUUCCUCGGAGGAUCCAAACCCUGAUGGACCUCAAAGAAUGUCGCAUAUUACGGUGGAACGUAACCGUAGGAAGCAAAUGAACGAACACUUGACUGUCUUGAGAUCACUCAUGCCUUGCUUCUAUGUCAAGAAAGGAGAUCAAGCUUCAAUAAUUGGAGGGGUGGUGGAAUACAUCAAAGAGUUGCAACAAGUUCUUCAAUCAUUGGAAGCCAAAAAGCAAAGGAAAGUCGUUUAUAGUGAAGUAUUGAGCCCUAGGGUUGUUUCAAGUCCAAGGCCUAAUUUAGCAAUGAGUCCAAGAAAACCACCACUAAGCCCUCGCCUUAACUUGCCAAUCAGUCCAAGGACUCCACAACCCACUAGCCCUUAUAGCAAGCCUCCUCCAAGGUUGCAACAAACUCCCUCCGCCGCCACCGGUGGUGGUGCCUAUAAUAAUAUCUCUUCAAGCAGCUCUAGUACCACCAAUAUGGCUAAUAACAACAACUCAUUAGAGCCAUCUCCUUGUAAUUCAUGUUCAACCACAAAUUCCUCAAUCGAUAAUAAUAACAAUAAUAAUAGCAAUAGUAAUAGUAACAACAAUAAUGAUCUUGUGGCAAAUUCAAAAUCAGCCAUAGCUGAAGUUGAGGUGAAGUUUACAGGUCCAAAUGUGGUUUUGAAGACAGUUUCUCCUCCAAUCCCUGGUCAAGCUUUCAAGAUUAUUUCUGCACUAGAACAACUCUCCCUGGAAAUUCUCCAUGUCAAGAUCACCACCCUUGAUGAAACCAUGUUUAACUCCUUCACAAUUAAGAUUGGAAUUGAAUGCCAACUUAGUGCAGAGGAAUUGGCUCAACAAAUUCAGCAAACGUUCUGCUAAUUGAAAGUUUGUUUGAAUUAUUAUUAAUUAUUAUGGAAGGAUAAUUUAUGCAUGGAAAAAUCCCACAUUCUCUUUCUACACAAAAACAACAGUACGGAUCAUCAGAAAUAAAGGAGGAACUUUGUGGUGGGGAACCCAUUUUUAGUCACUCUUUUUAACAAAAAUUAAUAUAUAUAUGUAAUUCUCUCUUCUAAUGCUAAUUAGCUGCUCUUAAUCUCUCUCUUUUCAUUUGUGUGAUUGUGUAAUGUAAUUCAUAGAUCAUAUCCAGAAAAGCUACCUAGCUUUUUUGGUUUACUAUUCACAUUUUCACUACAUGUUUUUGUUUA